CUGUUUGCCUGGACGUGUGCCACUGUUGGCUACUUUGACCCAGCCCUACUAGACUGUAUAGCCGCUAGAGCACUCGGUAGUCUGGCCCACUUCAAUGCUCAGGACCUGGGCAACUUGAUGUACGCGUAUGCUCAGCUGGACCACCCGCACGGCCAGUUGGUGAGGGAGGUGACAGAGAGGUUUGUGUCUGAUGAGGCGAUGUUGAGAGAUGACGAUGCCUGUGUUAGUAUUGCCUGGGCCAACCUGGCCAUUGGACAGUACCCACUGCCAUUGCUGGAGCACCUCAUGGAACCUAACAGGGUCAGAUGUGUAAUUGAGACUGGAGACCAGAACAGCCUGAAUUUCCUGCUGCGACUCCAAGUCCUCCUGGCAGCAGAGCAACCUCACCUGGACCUCUCCCUCCCUCACGGGUCUGCAGUGUUUGCUCGUGCCCUCCUCCUGUCCCGAUGGUCCCACCCUCGCUCCAAACUCCUGACUAGCAUCACCAACGCCUUAUCCAAGAUCACAGGGAGCGACUCUAACUUUACUCUGGAGGCUCUCACCACCAGUCUACACUUUAUUGACAUUGAGAUUAUGCUUGACGACAGGGGUAACCCCAUCCCCGUGCCCAAUCACUGGCGGUCGUGGGCGGACCUGCAGAGCCUCAUAGACUCUCCCCUACUGUGUCCUAGGCUCCAGGAUCUCCUACGAAACCAAGUGUCUCGAAGAGAAGUCACAGAGCCAGACCAGAGUUUCAGUUUGGCUAGCGACUGGGCAAAGCUGGUGGGUGGUUCUCUAGAGGGCGUGGCUCGACGGGUGGCGGUGGAGGUGGACGGCCCCUGGCAUUACGCUGCAAAUUGCACCCACACACUCGGGAAGACUUUGUUGAAGCAUCGCAUCUUGAGGUGUCUUGGAUGGACUGUCAUAUCGAUCCCAUACUUUGAGUGGCAAGAGCUAAAGAGCAAGCAAGCACAGGUUGAGUUUCUCAGAACAAAACUUUUCACCACUUGCCACUAGUAUCUGCACAGUUUUUAGCACAGCUCUAUGUUAGUAAACAGAAAAUUUUCACAGCACUGUAAGUGGUAGGGAAAGCAGCUAGCUAGCGUUCUUUGCGGAGAUCACCCACGCACAAUAAUUCUGCGUAUGUUCACGCGUACUAGUAACUACUAUACACUGCGUUGAACGGGGGGAAGGCCCGGGUUCCGAGGCUACGCUUUGCUUCCUAAGAUAUCGCGCGGCGCGGCGCCACAUAGGUCGUCACGCGCAGUCGGGAAA